GGAAUGAACUUGAGUUCUACCGAUUAUCACAUUUAUUUAUUAUGUAUUUUAUUUAUUAUAUUUAUGUACCACCUUUUUUCCUUCCAGGGAACUCGAGGCAGCUUACUUAACUGCCUGCCUCUUCUCAGUCCGAUCCUCACAACAACCUGGCGAGCAGGCGGAGAGCCUGUGACCGGGAUGGCCGAGGGGGCCAGACCCAGAUCUCCCGCGUCGAGUCGGAGGCCCCAGUUCUUAACGGCUGCUCCAGCUGGCUCUCACAUCCUCGACCAAGGUGUCCCGCCUGGCAGCGCGAGGGCUCAGAGCAUCUUGCAGUUCCCAGAUGGGAAUGGGUAGAGGGAGAGGCUCCUUCCUCCCCACGAGCCGCCUGUGCCUUCCACUUUGGUUGCGAGGGUUUUUCGGAGAGGCCCUGAAUGGCUGAAGGGCCACGACUGCUCGUCGGGCGCCGGGCUUACUUCCGACAGGGCGUUGCCCUCCAGUAUCUCGGGCGCCAUGCCGAUGCUCUGGCAGCAUUUGCCUCUGGGCUGGCUCAGGAUCCGAAGAGUCUGCAGCUCCUGGUGGGGAUGGUGGAAGCCGCCAUGAAGUCUCCGAUGCGAGAAUCCCUGGAGCCAACAUACCAGCAGCUGCAGAAGAUGAAGCUGGACAAGAGCCCCUUUGUGGUGGUCUCUGUGAUUGGGCAGGAGCUGCUGACUGCUGGUCAUCACGGCGCCUCGGUGGUGGUCCUCGAAGCAGCCUUGAAGAUCGGCACCUGCAGCCUGAAGCUGAGGGGCUCAGUCUUCUCUGCCCUGAGCAGCGCCUACUGGUCCUUGGGCAGCACCGAGAAAAGCACCGGCUACAUGCAGCAGGACUUGGAUGUGGCCAAGACUUUAGGUGACCAGAUGGGUGAAUGCCGAGCUCACGGCAAUUUGGGCUCUGCAUUCUUCUCCAAAGGAAACUACCGGGAGGCCUUGACUAACCACAGACAUCAGCUGAUGCUUGCCAUGAAGCUCAAGGACAGAGAGGCGGCCUCCUCUGCCCUCAGCAGCCUGGGCCAUGUCUACACCGCCAUCGGCGACUACCCCAACGCGCUGGCCAGCCACAAGCAGUGCGUGCUCCUGGCCAAGCAGGCCAAGGACGAACUCUCAGAGGCCCGGGAGCUGGGCAACAUGGGUGCUGUCUACAUCGCCAUGGGGGACUUCGAGAACGCGGUGCGCUGCCACGAGCAGCACCUGGAGAUCGCCAAGGCGCUGGGCAGCCGGCGGGAGGAGGCCCGUGCCUACAGCAACCUGGGCAGCGCCUACCACUACCGGCGCAACUUCGACAAGGCCAUGUCCUACCACAACCACGUCCUGGAGCUGGCCCGGCAGCUGGAGGAGAAGUCCUUCGAGAUGCGCGCCUACGCCGGCCUGGGCCACGCCGCGCGCUGCAUGCAGGACCUGGAGCGGGCCAAGCAGUACCACGAGGAGCAGCUGGGCAUCGCCAAGAGCCUGCAGGACCGGGCUGCCGAGGGCCGGGCCUCCUCCAACCUCGGCAUCAUCCACCAGAUGAAGGGCGACUACGAGACGGCGCUGCAGCUGCACAAGGCGCACCUGUCCAUCGUGCAGGAGCUGAACGACUACGCCGCGCAGGGCCGGUCCUACGGCAACAUGGGCAACGCCUACCACGCCCUGGGCAUGUUCGACCAGGCGGUCAAGUACCACCGGCAGGAGCUGCAGAUCUCCAUGGAGGUGAACGACCGGGCCUCGCAGGCCUCCACCCACGGCAACCUGGCCGUGGCCUACCAGGCGCUGGGGGCCCACGACCGUGCCCUGCAGCACUACCAGAACCACCUGCACAUCGCCCGGGAGCUGCGGGACAUCCAGAGCGAGGCGCGGGCCCUGGCCAACCUGGGCAGCUUCCACUGCUCCCGAGGGGAGUUUGCUCAGGCCGCCCCCUACUACGAGCAGUACUUGCAGCUGUCCCCCGAGCUGCAGGACAUGGAGGGUGAGGGCAAGGUGUGCCACAACCUGGGCUAUGCCCACUACUGCCUGGGCAACUAUGAGGAGGCCGUGAAGUACUACGAGCAGGACCUGGCCCUGGCCAAGGACUUGCACGACAAGCUGAGCCAAGCCAAGGCCUUCUGCAACCUGGGCUUGGCCUUCAAAGCCCUGGGCAACUUCAGGAAGGCCGAGGAGUGCCAGAAGUACCUGCUGUCGCUCGCGCAGUCCCUCGGCAACUCCCAGGCCACCUUUCGGGCGCUGGGCAACCUGGGCGACAUCGCCGUCUGCCAGAAGGAUGUCGGCGGGGCCGUCCGGUUCUACGAGCAGCAGCUCAGCCUGGCCCACCAGGUCAAGGACCGGAAGCUGGAGGCCAGCGCCUACGCGGCCCUGGGCUCCGCGCACCGGAUGCUGCAGAAGUGCGACAAGGCGCUGGGCUACCACACACAGGAGCUGGAGGUGUACCAGGAACUAGGGGAGGCCCUGGGCGAGUGCCGGGCCCACGGGCACCUGGCCGCGGUCUACAUGGCACUGGGCAAGUACACCAUGGCCUUCAAGUGCUACGAGGAGCAGCUGGAGCAGGGCCAGAGGCUCGGGGACGCUGGCAUCGAGGCCCAGGUCUACGGCAACAUGGGCAUCACCAAGAUGAACACGAGCGCCCCGGAGGAGGCCAUCGGCUACUUCGAGCAGCAGCUGGCCACGCUGCAGCAGCUGAGCGGCAGCGAGGCCCUGCUGGACCGGGGGCGCGCCUUCGGCAACCUGGGCGACUGCUAUGAGAUGCUGGGGGACUUCGAGGAGGCCGUCAAGCACUACGAGCAGUACCUGAGCGUGGCGCAGAGCCUGAACCGCACGCAGGACCAGGUCAAGGCCUACCGGGGCCUGGGCAACGGGCACAGGUCCAUGGGAAGCUUGCAGCAAGCUCUGGUCUGCUUCGAAAAGAGGCUGGUGGUGGCCCACGAGCUGGGGGAGGCCUUCGACAAGGCACAGGCGUACGGGGAGCUGGGCACGCUGCACAGCCAGCUGGGCAACUACGAGCAGGCCAUCUCCUGCCUGGAGCGCCAGCUGGGCAUCGCCCGGGAGAUGAAGGACCAGGCCCUGGAGGGCAGCGCAGCCUGCGGCCUGGGCAGCGUCUACCAGCAGAUGGCCGAAUACGACACGGCCUUGGAGUACCACCAGCUGGACCUGCAGAUCGCCGAGGAGACCAGGAACCCAGCCUGCCAGAGCCGGGCUUACGGGAACCUGGGCCUGACCUACGAGUCGCUGGGCACCUUCGAGAGGGCCGUGGUCUACCAGGAACAGCACCUGAGCAUUGCUGCGCAGAUGAACGACCUGGUGGCCAAGACCGCCUCCUACAGCAGCCUGGGCCGCACGCACCACGCCCUGCGCAACUAUGCCCAGGCAGUGAUGUACCUGCAGGAAGGGCUGCGGCUGGCGGAGCAGCUGGGGCGCAGAGAGGACGAGGCCCGCAUCCGGCACGGCCUGGGCCUCUCUCUCUGGGCCAGCGGGAACCUGGAGGAGGCCCAGCACCAGCUCUACCGGGCUUCGGCCCUCUUCGAGUCCAUCCGGCAUGAGGGGCGGCUGAGCACCGACUAUAAACUCUCCCUCUUCGACCUGCAGACCUCCUCAUACGAGGCUCUGCAGCGGGUGCUGGUGAGCUUGGGGCACCACGACGAGGCGCUGGCGGUGGCCGAACGGGGCCGCACAAGGGCCUUUGCCGACUUGCUGGUGGAGCGCCAGACGGGGCAGCAGGACGCAGACCCCUACUCCCCUGUGACGGUGGACCAGGUGCUGGAGACGGUGAACGGCCAGCGGGGACUGGUCCUCUACUAUUCGCUGGCCGCGGGCCACCUCUACAGCUGGCUGCUGGCCCCGGGAGCAGGGAUCCUGAAGUUCCACGAGUGCUACUUGGGCGACGGCCCAGCGGAGAACCCCGAGGACUCCCAGGAGGGCAGUGCCGGCCUCCAGGCGGUCACCAGCUCGGUGCUGGAGCAGCUCAGCACCGGCGUGCGGGAGGCCCUGGGAGUGGACUCCUAUUACGUACGCCCCUCCGCCAGCAGCGAGACGGAGAGCGAGGCAGGAGACAUCAUGGACCAGCAGCCGGAGGACGCAAGCAGCAAGCCGAGCUCUGCAGCGGACCCCACGGGCUUCCUGAGGAUGGUCAACAGGAACAACCUCUUCAACAGGAGCUGCCAAAGUGUGAACAGCCUCUCCAGCCGCCCGGCCUCCCCGGUGAAGGAGGCGCCCCUCACCUCCUCCCUGCCCCGGCGGCUCCCCUCCUUCGGCAAGCCACCGCUGCGCGCCCUCUACGACCUGCUGAUCGGGCCCAUGGAGGGGGGCCUGAUGCACUCCAGCGGGCCGGUGGGCCGGCACCGGCAGCUCGUCCUGGUCCUGGAGGGGGAGCUCUACCUCAUCCCGUUCGCGCUGCUGAAGGGCAGCUCCUCCAACGAGUACCUGCACGAGCGCUUCAACCUCAUCGCAGUGCCCUCCGUCCAAGCACUGAGCGCCAGCACCAAGAGCCAGGCCAAGAAGGGCGCCUUCAGCUGCGGCGGCUCCCCGUCCAUGGCGGCGGUUGUUGGCAACCCCAGGCUGCCCGCCUCGGUGAUGGACCGCUGGCUGUGGGGGCCCAUGCCCUCGGCCGAGGAGGAGGCCUACACCGUCUCGGAGCUGCUGGGCUGCCAGCCCCUGGUCGGCAGCCUGGCCACCAAGGAGCGCGUGGUGAGCGCGCUGGCCCAGGCCGAGUGUGCCCACUUCGCCACCCACGUCUCCUGGAAGCUGGCCGCCCUGGUCCUCGCCCCCAGCAGCGAGAGCAGCACGGGCGGCGGCGGCGGCAAAGGCUCCUUCGGCCACACCUACACCAUCCCGGAGUCGCUGAGGGUGCAGGACGACGCCAGCGAUGCGGAGAGCCUCUCCGACUGCCCGCCGCUGCAGGAGUUCCUGCUCACGGCCGCCGACGUGCUGGACCUGCGCCUGCCCGUCAGGCUGGUGGUGCUCGGCUCCUACCAGGAGUCGCACGGCAAGGUCACCGCCGACGGGCUGAUCGGAUUGACGCGCGCGUUCCUGGCGGCCGGCGCCCACUGUGUCCUGGCAUCCCUGUGGCCGGUGCCGGUGGCAGCCUCCAAGGCCUUCGUGCACGCCUUCUACACGGCGCUGCUCGGCGGCCUGAAGGCCAGCGCGGCCCUCGGGGAGGCCAUGAAGUCCGUGCAGAACAGCAAGCCGUUCUCCCACCCGAGCAACUGGGCAGGCUUCGUGCUGAUCGGGAGCGACGUGAAGCUGAGCAGUCCCUCCUCCCUGAUGGGGCAGGCGCUGACCGACAUCCUCCAGCACCCGGAGCGGGCACGCGACGCCCUGCGGGUCCUGCUGCACCUGGUGGAGAAGUCCCUGCAGCGCAUCCACAGCGGGCAGCACAACUCCAUGUACACCUCGCAGCAGAGCGUGGAGAACAAGGUGGGCGGCAUUCCGGGCUGGCAGGCGCUGCUGACAGCCGUUGGCUUCCGGCUGGACCCCCCCGCCAGCGGGCUUCCGGCGGCCGUGUUCUUCCCCACCGCAGACCCCGGAGACCGGCUGCAGCAGUGCAGCAGCACCAUCCAGUCACUGCUCGGUCUGCCUAGCGCUGCCCUGCAGGCCCUGUGCAAGCUCAUCGCCGCCUCCGAGACGGGGGAGCAGCUCAUCAGCCGGGCUGUUAAAAAUAUGGUGGGCAUGCUCCAUCAAGUGCUGGUGCAGCUCCAGGCUGGGGAGAAGGAGCAGGACUUCCCGCUGGCCCCCAUCCAGGUCUCCAUCAGCGUCCAGCUUUGGCGGUUGCCAGGCUGCCACGAGUUCCUUGCAGCAUUAGGCUUCGACCUCUGUGAAGUUGGGCAAGAGGAGGUGACGCUGAAGACGGGCAAGCAGGCCAGCCGCCGGACCAUGCACUUCGCGCUCCAGGCCCUUCUGGCGCUCUUCGACUCCACGGAGCUCCCCAAGCGGCUGAGCCUGGACAGCUCCUCGUCCCUCGAAUCGCUGGCCUCCGCUCAGUCCACCUCCAACCCUGGGCCCCUCAGCUACCAGAACCCGCCCUUCUCCCCGACGUGCCCCGACAGCCUGGGCUCGGAUGCCAUCUCGGUGUACAGCCUGAGCUCCAUCACCUCCUCCGUCAGCUUUGCCUCCAAGGCCGAGUGUGUGUCCGAAGGCGGCCCCUCCAAGGGGCGCCAGGAGCCCGAGCGGCCCAAGACCGUCUACGCCCAGCGGGCACCUCUGCCACGGGGCCCCUUUGGGCCGCAGAGCAGCUCGGUCCCCGGCAAGGAGGAGGAGGAGGAGGAGGAGGAGUACGAGGGCUUCUCCAUCGUCAGCAACGAGCCCCUGGCGGCGUCCCCGGAGGCCGGCCCGGCACAGUUCUCCCCCAGCCCGAAAUCCUCCCGGAUUCAUCAGGCUGCCGCGGCCAAGGGCUGCGUCAGCUCCAAGGGCAGCGUCAGUUCCCCCAACUCGCCAGUCAAAAUGACGCUCAUCCCCAGCCCCAACUCCCCUUUCCAAAAGGUGGGGCGGCUUGCAGGCUCCGACACGGGCGAGUCGGACCAGUCCAGCACGGAAACGGACAGCACGGUCAAAUCCCAGGAGGAGGAGAGCAGUCCGGGGCUGGACCCGCAGGCGCUGGCCCAGAAGGUGCUGGAGGAGACCCAGAGCCACCUCCUGGCCGUGGAGCACCUGCAGCGCAGCGGCAGCCGCCGGCUGGGCAAGAGCGGCAGCCUGGACAACGGCGUCUCCGUGCCCACGGGCCGCGCCGCCUCCUUCCGCGCCUCGGAGACCAGCGCCUUCAGCAGGCCACUGUGCUCCGGCCACAAGGGCCCGCCGUCCCCGACGCCCCUGAAGCCCAGGCCCCCCACCAGGAGCUCCUCCCUGCAGAAGGUCAGCUCGGGCUACAACAGCCCCACCACCUCGGAGGCCUCGGCCAGAGAAGGCCUGGGCCCGCGCAGCGGCCAGCCGUCCCCCAGCGCCGACUCCCCGGCGCUGGGCCCGCCUCUCCUCCGGCUCAAGUACCCCAGCUCGCCCUAUAGCACCCACAUCUCCAAGUCGCCCCAGAACACCUCCCCAAGCUCAGGGCAUCACUCCCCCACCGGCAGCACACCCUCCCCGGCCCUUUCCUAUUCCUCCGCGAGCUCUACCCGGUCCAGCCCCGCCGAUGCCCCGGCUGUAGACGAGAAGGUGCAGGCCACCCACAACCUGAAGAUGUUCUGGCAGAGCAGCCCCGGGAAGGCCUUCCGGGGCUCCUCGGGGAGGGCGGCCAGCCGGAGGGAUGUGCUGAGCCUGCUGAACUUGUCUCCACGGCACAACCGGGAGGCCGUGGUGGCCACGGCCACGGAUCAGCUGGAGCUGAAGGACCUGUCUGCACCUCAACACCUCUCUCCUCCCCAGAGGAACCCCCCCAAUGGACAUAGGCGGCCCACUGACCCUGCCAGUCCCCUGGCUGCCGCGCCCCCCCACACCAGCACACCGGGCCUGGUGCAUCCCGUACGGCUGCCCUCCGGGAACGGAUACAAGUUCCUGUCGCCCGGGCGAUUCUUCCCUUCCUCCAAGUGCUGAGAUCUCUUUGCAACCUGCUCCUCCGACUGGGCCAAGUUUCCGGGCCUUUCGCUUGCCCACUUGCUUGAGCGAGACGGAAUACUGCGGAGCAAGGGGGGAAACUGGAGCCCUGCGCAAGGAGGGCCCGGCCGGGGGCAGGCCCCGUGGAGUGCGGCAAGCCCUGCCUGCUCUCCUCUGCCGCGGCCACGUCCUCCCACCAGGUUUGGACAGGAGUGUGGGGGCUUGUCCAGGACUGCAGGGGGCUCUGCCAGGAAACGCGCGGUCCUUUCUCCGAUGAGAGGUAGAAGCCAUUUCUUUCAAUGCUUCCAGAAAGGGCAGCGUGCGGAAAGGGGGCUGCAGCACUGCUUCUCCUGCGAAACAUGCCUGGCUGGCCACGGGAGAAGCUGGGGGCGGUUGGGGGGGGGCAGCCCUCCUGCAGGCCCAGAGGGCUUCCUGGCCAGGUGGGGCAGGGCUGCCUGGGAGCUGCUGUGGAGGAACACACGGCAGGCUGCAUCCUUCGCAAAGAUGGAGUUUACUCCAGGGGAGCUGCAUGAGGCAGCCGGGACAGCUGCAGGUUGGGGACCUCGUGUGUGUCUUCCUUUCUCCUCGGAGAAAAGUGCUGCUGCGCCUUGAUGAAGCUGGCCCUGCAGCAGCAAGGGGCUGCCCGCCCCCCGGGUGGGGCUUGCAAGCGGCACUUGCUCCCCCAGGGGGCUCUCCUUGGCUCACCUGUCCGCUGGCCUCACCACAGAACCGCAGGCAUCAUGGCUGCCCUCCUUCCCAAGGCGGCUGAAGCUCAGCUCCAGGCUGCUCAGCCCAAGCACAAAGGAGAGGCCCCUCCCACAGUGGCCUGUGCUGGGAGUAGCCAAGCUGCACCCCUUGCUGGCCCACAGGACCGUGGCUCCGUGGAAGGCUACCAAGCCAGAGGGCCUGCAGAACAGCCCCAGCCUCCGUAGGAGCCUGUAGGAGCCACCUUCAGCCUGGAGAGCAAAGCUUGUGUACUCUCAGCGUGUCCCUGGUCUGGGAAGCCGGCACUGGUGCUGAGCAGGGAGGGGCGUGGUCUGGUUCCUGCUCUCGGACUCCCGGGUAGCCCAUGCCUGCUUGUCUUUCCCUUUUCCCACCUCUGAGCCCUCAGGAUCUCUUCCAAAAUGCGCCCCCAAGCGGAGCCCCAGCCGUGCCCCACCACUCCUGCACCUGUGGGUUAAGCUGCUGCCACACUGUGGCUGGACCGGCUGCCAGUCUCUCUCUACCCUAUGCAAAGUCACUCUGAGGCAGCUGGAGAACACUUUCGGUAAGAGCCUUCAGCCUUGUCCUCUCGUCCUCCAGAGUCAGCGUGCUUCCAUCCCUGCCCUUGAAGGCAGGCGUCCUUUUCAAAGUGGUGCUUUCCUGAGCUGCUGCCAUUGUCCUGGGACAAGACACAGUAAUUGCUUCCUCAGCUCAGUGUGGCCCCAGCCCUCCCCACUUUUCUGGGUGCAGGUCCCACACUUCAGCAGGGAAGGUGGCACACCCUGGACCUUCCCAUGGAGUCUGGGGUCUCCCUGCUUUUGUGUAACUCCCUUGGCACAGCCCGGAUCUCUGCCCCUCAGCCAGCACUUCAAGUCUGUGCUUCACAAGUGGUGGAAAUGAGAAUGUAACAGGUUUGGUGGUCAUGCGGGGAAAUUCAGGAAGCAGAGUCCCUGCCCGUUGAGUCACUACAGUGGUAACAGGCCCCUCCUCCCGUUUGUCGUCGUCCUGAUUGUCGUUUUUGUGCAUGUACAGUGACAACACUGCUUUCACAGUGAGCAAUAAGCAUUAGGUUUGAUGGGCUGCUCCCACCAGAGUUCUGCCACAUGCAAAUCCAAACCAUUGUUUGGUUUCACUGCCCUGCAAAAGACACUUUCCCAUGCUGCCCAACAGUCAGUCAGAGUGGGGGUGGUCCAGAGCCCCCCAGCCUGGUCCCACUGGCUGUCUGCAGCCGGCCAGUGCCAGUGGCAUCAUUCGCCUGCACCUGAAAGGCGGUGCUGGAAACUGGCAUUCAAGUCCUGCCCCCCUCCCCACACAGCUUGCCUCCACAGGGACCCCUGCAGCCCACCUGUUUUGCCUCUAGGUUAUGUGAUUUUGUAUGAUGGGCCUUUUGUUCAUGGGUGCAUGGGGCAAAUCUCACCCUGCCUCUCUUUCACACAUGCAAUCAGACACCCCUGGCCAAAAGCCACUCCUCUGCACUCUGUUCUUUAUGCAGCAUCUGCCGUAUUUGGCCUAUAUGGACUUUUUUGUAAAUUAAACUCCGUUUCCAGACAGCAUUAAACUUUUUAUAUUAUGAAGUUUACCCUGUAAAAAUAAUUUCCUAUUUUUAUUGCAAUUGCUAAGGCAUUUGGCCUCCUCCUUUGUGAUUUCCGUGUCUAUUAAAGCAUGAGAUCUCUCA